AUGCCGGACGGACAGCCUGGAGCCCGGCCUCGAGCUCGUGAAGCCCUGCCAUCCGCACGUGCUGCCCAUCUAAAACGGAAUGCGUUCGAGGGCGAGCAUUUCCCGGAUGGUUCCAUCAAGACAAUUGAACUCUGCAAUUUUCUGACCUUCGAGCACACUUAUAUUGGCUCGGGACCCAACCUGAACCUGAUCAUUGGCCCGAAUGGUUCGGGUAAAAGCUCGAUUAUCUGUGGGAUUUGUCUAGCCGUCGGAGGUUCCCCAAAGCUACUCGGACGAUCUGAAGUGCUCACCGACUACAUCAAGAUCGGAUGCCAACACGGUUAUGCCGAAAUCACAGUGGCGGAUUCAAAGCACGAUAGGGGCGAAGCACGUUUCCGGAUCUACCUUCAGAGAUCAGAAAAGGCCCCUCUAUAUUUCCUCAACGAUUUGAAGGUAUCGAAGCAAGCCGUCAUUAUGAAAGCCCAUAAUCUGAAUAUCCAGAUCGAAAACCCAUGCACUUUCUUACCGCAAGAUAAGGUCAAAGGAUUCGCUGCCCAAAAUCCUCAAGAAUUGCUGAAGAACACGGAGAAGGCUGGUGAUGUGAAACUCUUCGAGCAGCACGAGGAAAUUCUGACAAAAAAGAAGGAGGAAAAAGAGUUCCAGAAAUCAGUGCAAGAUUGCGAGAGCAAAUUAGAGCAAUGCAAGAACCAGAUGAUCUUAUUGGAGCCGAAGGUUGAGCACUACAAGAAGCGAAAGAUGAUGGAGGUGCAGCGCCAGAAGCUAGAGCAAAAGCGCGUUAUAUUGGCCUUCGAGGAUGCGCAAGCAAAGUAUGAAGCGGCUUCGGAAGACACAAAUGAGAUCAAGAAGCAGAUGGCUGAUAGGGAAAAGGGACAAGAGAAAGCUAACAGAUUAUUGAAGAAAAGCACUGAACAAUUGGAAGCCGUGGAGGAGGCUGAGAAACUUCUGGGCAAAGCUAUCGCAGAAAGUGUGCGGAAGGUUAACGAUAACGUGGAUGCUAAUUGGUAUAUCAAUAAGAUGGAGGACGUCAAGGACAGACUGGCUACGGCGCGGGAGGAACGGCAGGGUUGGUGCAAAAGGGUCGAAAAGUUGGAGGCCGAGUGUAGGGAGAUUGAGGAGCGACUAGAGCAAGAGCGUGAUAAGCGUGGUCAUUAUGAGAAAGUCCUGCGGGAUUUGUCCGAGCAGCUACGCGAAUUGACCGCCGGAUUGGAUGAAUCUGCCGACAAAGUGACGCGCCUGGAAGCAGACAAUCGGGAGUUGGAGGCUCAAUUGAAAGAUGCCGAAUCGGUCCAGGCGCGCAACUUCGCAAACUUGGAGCGCCGCAUGCAGACAUUACCUCAAUACGCCUUGACUGCAUAUCGGGAAUACCUACAAAAUAAAGGCCGCUACAAAUGCCCCAUCUACGUGCCAUCGGUUGAUAUCACGAUCCGGCCAGGCACUGCGAACUCGCUGAAGGUCGAAAACUCCUUGAACUUCCGCGACCGCACCACGUUUAUCUUCGGGUGUAAGGAUGAUGAGAUGCAGAUGGCCAAGCAUCACCCAAAAAUCGCGACGACCGUUGUCGAACCACCAAUGAUUGAACAAACGUUGCGGCAUCUCGCGGAUAAUGCGCUUCCCGACGUCGCAGUCCAAAGCGGAAUCGUGGGCACGAUGCUGGACCUCGUCGACUGCCCGGACGCCGUCCGCGUCUUUCUAACCCGCGGUUGCCUGUGGGACAAAAUCUACAUCGGAAAUGCCCGUGUUGAUGAGAGGUUUUAUGAUGUGGCCAACGUGAUGAAGCACCAAUGGCCGUUUGGCCGCAUCUUCACCGACCAUCAUCAGGUCAGCUGGUCCGUCUCCAUGUAUUCGCAUGAAGUGCUUGUCGACCAAACUCGUCUGACGUCCGCCCAUCAAGAAUUCUUUAAACCGCUCACGACUCGUUAUGAACAAGUCGACGAACAAAAAAUUCGACGUUUGAGGCUCCAAGCAAAGAAACUGGGUGACGAGAAGGAGGGUCUAUUGGAAGAGCGAAGAACUGUUAACGGCGAGCGAACAAAAAUCAGAGCCAAAUUGCAAGAUACGCUGCGCUUGCAGAAGGAUGGAUCCAAGCUGAAAAGCGUUCUCGAAGACAAGCAAAGCGAGCUUGCCAUGGUGCAACGUAUCCAGCCAAACGUUGAAGCCUUAGAAAGGGAGUUCAAGAACAUCGCUUCGGAAAGCGUCAAGCAAGCCAUCCUUCGUGCCUCGCGUACCACCAAGCAAUGCAAGGAACUUGGCAAGCUUUUGCUGCGCAGGAACGUAGCAAUUCAUCGGUUGGCCCACGUUCGUGAACGUGUUGAGGAGGCGCAAAGCGAAGCGGACCAGGCGCGCCAAUGGAUUCGAGCAAAAAUUAACGAGCUGAAGGAGAAGGAGAGGCGCAUCGCGACCGAAAAGGCGGCAUUUGACGAAGCGAAUCGUGAGGCGUUUGAUGAUAAGCUCGCGGUACUCAAUGCUCUUCCCGGAACGCUUGGCGAAAUUGACGAUCAAAUUGCCGACGAGGAGGCGCGCCUCAAUCUGAUUCGCGGGGCCGGGGCAGGAACGAUCAAGGACGUGGAACGGUUGGAGGAGCUGAAGGGAGAGCAGCGCGAAAUGGAGGCAGACCGGGAUUCGGCUAUCCAACGCAGGGCCCUAUUCGACGGCGAGCUCGAGCGGCUUGUGCUGGCG